GGGGCGGGGGCCGCGAUGCCGCAGCUGGAGCCGGCGGCGGGGGACGACCUGGGGGCUCCGGACGAGCUGAUCGCCUUCCAGGACGAGGGCGAGGAGCAGGACAAGGGCGCGGGGCGCGGCUCGGCCCACGGGGACCUGGACGAGCUCAAGUCCUCGCUGGUCAGCGAGACCGAGGGCCGCGCCGCCGCCCCGGGCGGCCCCGACGCCGAGGUGAGGCCGGGCCCCGGCGGGCGGGAGGGCGGCCCCGGCCCCGGCCCCCCCCGCGGCCCUCACCGCGCCCCCCCCGCUGCCCCGCAGGCGGAGCGGCCCCCGCAGCCCCGGGAAAGUUUCCAGAAGCCGCGGGACGCGCUCGCUGAAGUGGUCAGACGACAGCAGGAUGGGGGUUUCUUUAAGGGCCCCCCCUACCCCGGCUACCCCUUCCUGAUGCUCCCUGAGCUGGGCGCCCCGUACCUCUCCAAUGGAGCUCUGUCCCCUGGAGGCGCCCGCACUUACCUGCAGAUGAAGUGGCCGCUGCUGGAUGUGCCAGCCGGGGCCACGCUGAAGGACAGCCGCUCACCAUCACCUGCACACCUGUCCAACAAGGUCCCGGUGGUGCAGCACGCGCCCCACAUGCACCCAUUGACGCCGCUCAUCACCUACAGCAAUGACCACUUCUCGCCCGGCUCACCGCCUGCGCACCUCUCACCCGACAUCGACCCCAAAACGGGGAUCCCGCGCCCGCCGCACCCUCCCGAGCUGCCCCCCUACUACCCGCUGUCGCCAGGAGCCGUGGGUCAGAUCCCGCACCCGCUGGGCUGGCUUGUGCCGCAGCAAGGACAGCCCAUGUACUCCAUCCCCCCCGGCGGCUUUCGGCAUCCCUACCCUGCCCUCGCCAUGAACGCCUCCAUGUCCAGCCUGAUGUCCAGCCGCUUCUCCCCACACAUGGUCCCACCGCCCACCCACGGGCUGCACCCCUCGGGCAUCCCACACCCCACCAUCGUCUCACCCAUCGUGAAGCAGGAGUCGGCCCAGCCCAGCACCAGCCCUGGCGUCAGCUCGAAAUCCCCCAUCACAGUGAAGAAGGAGGAGGAGAAGAAGCCCCACAUCAAGAAGCCGCUCAAUGCCUUCAUGUUGUACAUGAAGGAGAUGAGGGCCAAGGUGGUGGCUGAGUGCACGCUGAAGGAGAGCGCAGCCAUCAACCAGAUCCUGGGCCGGCGGUGGCACUCUCUGUCGCGGGAGGAGCAGGCCAAGUACUACGAGCUGGCACGGAAGGAGCGGCAGCUGCACUCACAGCUCUACCCCACGUGGUCGGCCCGCGACAACUACGGCAAGAAAAAGAAGAGGAAGCGAGAGAAGCUGGCCCAGCAGCAGAGCCACGAGGCAGAGAGCGUGCUGCCCUCCAGGAGCAAGAAGCCGUGCGCCCCGCACCACCUGCCUCCUGAUAAACCCUGCGACAGCCCGGCCUCGUCCCACGGCAGCAUGCUGGAUUCACCCGCCACGCCAUCGGCCGCCCUGGCCUCCCCGGCUGCGCCUGCCGCCACGCACUCAGAGCAGGCGCAGCCUCUGUCGCUCACCACCAAGCCGGAGGCCAGGGCUCAGCUCGCCUUCCUCUCCAGCAAAACCUCCUCCUCUUCCUCCUCCUCCUCCUCCUCCUCCUCCCUGGGCUCCCCCCCGUCGCUGCUCCCCAGGCCCAUCGCCUUCCCCUCGCUGCUGCUCUCCUCUCCGCCCGCCCCGCAGCAGACGCAGCCGCUCGCGCUGGUCACCAAACCGGCCGACUGAGGGGGGGUUGAAUAGGAGCCCCCCCACCCGCUGUGCACCACAGACGCCACAAUCACGACUCCCAACGCAGCCAAACCAUUAUUGGUCAAUAUUUGACCUUUUCUGAACUGUUUUUCUUUUUUUUUUGGUGGAUUUCUUUUUUUUUUUUUGCCUUUUGGGAAGCAGACUCCGGAGGAAGAGGCGCUUUCCCUUUACCAGCAGUCGACCUAAAGACCGUUUUUAUUAAAAAAAAAAGAAGAAAAAAAAAAAGUGGUUUUUUUUUUUUAAAUUUUUAUUUUUAAGAAAGAAUAAAAGGAAAAAAAAAAAAGAAAAAAGACCCUUCCUCAAGCUGGACAUCCAGCACUGAUGCCCCCCAGUGCCCCCAAUGCCCCCGGUUCCAUCCCGCUGCAGCUGGACCCGGCCCCCAGCACGGAGCUGGGGUAGGGGGUGAGGGGUGGGGGUGAUGGGGGUGGGGCGUUUCCCAUUGAAUCCCUGUUAUUUUUCACACACACACACACAAAAAAAAAAACCAACCAAACAAAACCAAACCAAACAAACAAAGAAAAGGAAAUAAAACUACAGCUGCAACUUUGCUGUGUGAGCGUUGUCCGUGCGGGAGGGCCCGGAUUGGCGGAGCGCUGUUUUCCUCUGCAAAUCACCGCCGGUGAUGUCAGCCCAGCAUCCUCUGUGCUGCAGCCCCAGAGACCCCACGGCUCCAAAAGACUCAAAAACGCUGCUUUUUCUUGCUCAGAAAAGCCAAAAAAACCUCUGUCCUGCGAGGGAACGCGGCCGCGCUCCGCCGACACCGGGGGCAGGAUGCGGCCGAGCAGCGCCCUGAAUGGGAUUUCAUGGGAAAUUAAAGGCAUGAAGAGACCUGUCACAAGAAUUAAAGUCUGGACCAGAGCCAGACGGCUUCAAACAGA